AUGAAUGCUGAAGCCUUACUAGAUCUACUUGCUGCUGGGGAGGCAAAUGUCCCUAACUACAAAUGUGGAAGAGAAAAAAACCUGCUAGCCCUCCUUGAAGGCACCAAUUCUGACCUUUCCUCCCAUACUGCAACCAUGCUGAGCAUCUACAAAAUCCCACAGAAAAUAUUAAAGAUGUGCUUCUCUUCAGAUGCAGAUUAUUGCACCAAAUGUCCAGAAGAUCAGCAUCCAAUGUUAGCAAUCUUCACUAAAUACACAGAUACUCCCAUCAUCAAAGCCAAUAAUCGGAACCUCUCCUUCAUCCUUCUCAUCUCGCUCCUGCUUUCUUUCUUAACAACCUUUCUUUUCAUUGGAUAUCCAAGGAGAAUCAAUUGCCUUUUCCGACAAACAGUCUUUAGCAUUGUAUUUUCAGUUGCCGUCUCUUCUGUCUUGGCCAAAACAAUCAUGGUAGUGCUGGCUUUUCUGGCCACAAAGCCAGGAAACAGUGUGAGAAAAUGGCUGGGAAGGAGAUUGACUAAUUCUAUCAUCCUUUGUUCUUCCAGUAUUCAGGUGGUCAUCUGCAGCAUCUGGCUGGUGAUCUUUCCUCCAUUUCCUGAUUAUGAUAUGCACUCCCAAUCAGGAGAAAUUGUGCUUCAGUGCAAUGAAGGGUCUCUUACCAUGUUUUAUGUUGCUCUUGGUUACAUGGGCCUCCUGGCCAGCAUCUGCUUCAUAGUAGCUUUCCUGGCCAGGAAUCUCCCUGGGACCUUUAACGAAGCCAAACUGAUUACAUUCAGUAUGCUGGUCUUCUGUAGUGUCUGGGUGUCUUUUGUACCCACCUACCUGAGCACCAAAGGGAAAUACAUGGUGGCCGUGCAGGUCUUCUCCAUCUUGGCUUCCAGUGCUGGCCUGCUGGGCUGCAUCUUCAUACCCAAGUGCUACAUUAUUUUAAUAAGACCAGAUCUGAAUAUAAAGGAGCAGCUAAUAGUGAAAACAUAA